AUGCAUCAAACGCUGCCUCAGCCACUUGGCUAUCGCUUCCCGAAGGUAGUUGGAUACGAACUUAAUGAGCGGAUAGGAGGAGGCGGCUUUUCAACUGUCUAUCGAGCGACAUACGAGCGCAGCAACGCGGCAUGUAAAGUCAUAGCCAUCAAGCGCAACACGACGCCCCAAGAGCGCAAGGGUCUGGAUAAGGAGAUGCGGGUGCAUGCGAAUCUGAAGAACGAUUACAUUCUGGAGUUCAUAAACGCUGUCAUCGUGGAAUGGAACGACCCUAUCAAUACUGCUGGCAAAGUCCCUUACUAUCCUGCCUACUAUAUCUUGUUGGAACUUGCUGCCGGUGGCGAUCUCUUUGACAAGAUUGCUCCUGACGUCGGCCUUCGUGAUGAAGUCGCUCACCAUUACUUCCUGCAGAUGCUAGCCGGUUUGACUUACAUGCACGAUGAAGGCGUAUGUCACCGCGACUUGAAACCGGAAAACAUGCUCUUGGAUGCUGCUGGAAGGAUCAAGAUCUCUGACUUUGGGCUCUGCGCUGUAUACAAGCUCAAGGAGUCGGGGAAGACCCGGCAGUUGUCCGAGAGGUGUGGCAGCUUGCCAUACGUGGCGCCAGAGCUCAACAGCAACCAGUACUAUGACGCUGAGCCCAUCGACGUAUGGGGCCUCGGCGUGAUUCUCUUCACCAUGCUCGCUGGCAAUACACCUUGGGACGAGCCUACUCAAUAUAGUCGCGAGUUCUCGAGGUAUCUCUCGGGGGCGUACAUCGAAGAUGAUCCGUGGAGUAGGAUAAGCGAUUCUGCAUUGUCUCUUAUACAGAACAUGCUCACCAUUGACCCUCGAGAUCGGCCACGGCUAUGGCAACUUAGAGAACACCCAUGGAUCAUGCCUCAGAGUCAACUAGCCGGAGUCAGCGAUGCAGAUCGGGCGAUGAUGCUCACGCAAGGUCUGCGCAACAACGGCGACCUAGACUUCGCCGAUCCCGGUUUAGAACAUGGGGAUGAGUCCAUGAUCGCACCAACGUACCGCUCGCAGUUCGUAAGCGGUCUAGCGCUGUUCACGCAGACGCAAUCUGGGGCCGAGUACUCCAAGACUCUUUGCAAAUUCUACGCCAAUAUGGACCCAGAACAACUGCUUGAUACAAUCGUCUACGUGUUCCGGGACCUCCCCGGCGCACCCACUGCAGCACGGGAGGACUCACCCUAUGAUGAUCGCGUGUCGGUCGUUGGCAAAGAUAACCGAGGGAUGGUGCUCGAGGGAUAUGUUGUCGUCAAACCUGCGUCGAAGGGAACAGUUUGUCUCUUUGAGCGCGACAAGGGGAACCCGAUUGAGUGGAGAAGAUGGUGGAAGAAUGUCGUGUGCCAUGAUGCGAUCAAGCCGUACUGCAUUAUGCGACAGUGA